CGCAGGCAGACCGGGUCGAUCAAGAAAUCUGGUGACCCAAAAAACUUUGAGCGUCCAGUGGCAGUCGGGGAGGAGGAUCAGCCGCCCCGAGAAGCUUCUCAGGGCGGAGACUUCGUCGAGUCUAAGCCGGUGGACGUCAACAUUGCCUUGAGCUGGGAACUCUUUGAGGUGAAGCAAGGAACAGAGACAGUGCGUGAGUAUUAUAAAGAGUUCCUUAAGAAGGUCAAGAACCUGGGAAGAGAGUUGGAGGAAGAGGAGCUGGCGUGUCUGUUCCAGGAAGGGCUACUCGAGGAGUUGCACGAAGGGGUACGUGCAGCGAACUGCGGAUGGAUCCUCAAUUAUGUGUCAGAUGUAGUAGAUGAAGCUGAGAAGGUAGAGGCCAAACUUAGAAGCACCAAGGAAAAGGUGCCGCUCGUGUCUAAGGAACUUGCUGAUGUUGAUUUGGGCCAACGCGCAUUCGAAGAUGAGGUGGAGAGCAAACCCUAUGAUCCGGAAGACGAUGUCAUGCAAGUUUGAGGUGGCUAGAGUCAACAUAAGGUUUUGAGUCGUGUGGAUUAUGUUUGGUUUUCCUUUUCGUUGGUUUGAUGAUUUCGUGUUCAGUUGAACUGGUUUGGUUGUUUCUUUCAUUUGAUAUU